AUGGGAAAGCAAAAGAAACAACAGUACAAUCCACUUGGUAAUAAUUCGGUAAAGAUACGGCGCGUUGAUAAAGCAUUUGAACCGUACCGACAGGCUUUCAUCCAUGGCGAUAUACAACAACAGAGUUAUAUAAUCAACGAGUUUGUGUCGAGUUUAGUAGCAGCUGAGUAUGCCAAAUUAACCGAAGAACGGGGGUAUUGUAUGGAGAAAUGCUUACCAAUCGAAGAGAUAUUUACAUGCAAUUUGUGUCAAGAGCUAUUGCAUGUUCCUGUGACGUUAGUAUGCGGGCAUACAUUUUGUUUGGAAUGUUUAGGAAACUAUGAGCGCGACGGUAGGACAAUGUGCCCAGGUUGUGGACAAGAGUCAAAUCUUCACUACACAUCCAACAUCGUUGUACGAGAACUAUCGCGAAUAUGCUUCCCCGAGAAAACCUCCAUACGAAACUGUAUCGUCGAAGCCAAAAACCUACUCCGCGAGAGAAAAAUGGAAGAAUUUAUGGAGUUAACAAAAAAUCUCUUGACAAAAUACCCAGAAAACGUUGAUCUCUUGCACUUACGUGCGAACGGGUACCAAUGCCUGAAAAGGUACAGUGACGCUCUAAAUGUCUUAGACUUUGCAUGUACACUUGCACCAUUUUGUAGUAAAGUUUUAUACGCUCGAGGAGAACUGUUGGCAAGCAUUGAUGAGCCCGAGGAGGCAAUGGUAAUGUUCCUUCCUGCCUCUGCUUUGAAACCAAACGACCUCACUUACCGCGGUAGAUUGACUUCGUAUAUUGAGAAACCUUUAAGAAAUAUCUGCAAUUCAAGCGAACUGUGUUCCUCCAGCUCGUCCUACAACGCUGAUCAUGAAGCUACCACCAAAAGAGUAUUAAAAGGUUUGCCUGUGAAAUCCGAGCCAAAUUUCGACGAAUCUACCACGACGGCGCAAAAUAUGUCAAGGAGAAGGCCAGCUUGUAUAAGUGAAGAUGGUCAAGUUGGACAUAGAAAUGUAGCAGUUACAAUGAACUCAAAUGAACAUGCUUUUAGAACCGACUCCACUGAUCACAGAGGCGACCCAACGUGUAGAACCGACGCAACAGAGAAAACCGUCGAUACUUUGAUGGAUCAAGACCGUUCAUGUUAUAAAAAAGAAGAAACAAAGAAUAUCUCACAAUGUCAGCGAGUUAGUUGUAUUCAGAGAAAUAUCAUAGUCCCACCAAAAUCCAAUAUUCCAAGUGAACUAGAAUGUAAACUGUGUUUCAAUCUACUCUACGAACCUGUUACCACAUCAUGCGGCCACUCUUUUUGUCGAGCCUGUCUAAAACGUUGUCUUGAUCACCGAUUUCAUUGCCCGUGUUGUCGGACGAACCUACAGAGCUAUCUGGAACAUUUCAUCAUGAAAAACGUGGGAACAUGUAAGGUGUUGGAGAGUCUAUGUCUGUUGAAGUUUGAGGACGAAUAUCAAACCAGAAGACUAGCUUACGAAAAAGAACUUUUGGACUUCUCAAGGUAAGAUGUCCCAUGUUUCAUUGUUUCAGAACGCAUAUUAUAAUGAGAAAUCAGUUUCGUCUCCUGCAAAAUAUACUGGGUUUAAGUUCUUAAGUGUCCGUUGUCCUAGCUGUAACGACUGGUUGACACUACAGACUACAGUUUCCUUGUUCAAACCAGUUUGUAACAGAUUUGAGCUGGUUCCGACCUUGAAUUACGGUCAUGUGCCAAUAAAACUAGCUGAAAAAUAUAUUAAGGAGAAUUUCGAUGUUUCGAGCGAAGGCCCUUCGGUUUGGAGCCUGGGUCAUAAUUGCGUUUAUAUAGAAAAUUAGUUCCAUCCCAUGACUUUAGCACGAUCUUGGGUCAUGGCUUGCCCUAAACCAUGACUUGUUUGUUACACGUAAGAAAGUUCUGAAAUUUUCAAAAAUGAAAAAAUAACCCCCCACCUUGCAUGCAUGUCGAACUCACGUGCCGCGAUGAAAAGCCAGCUCCGCGUGUCAUAUAUAGAUAGUCAUAGAACGUCUUACGUAACAAAAAAAACAACGAAUAAAACACUUACAAAAUAGCACAAUUAACACUAAAAUUCAUGCGUGCUUUUUAAAACAAAUACUGUCAAAGCAGGCCAAAAGUGCAAAAUGUUAUGUAAUCGGCAGCCGAUUAUGCAUGUAUUAUCAUUGAUGAUGAAUAAUUCAAACCAUUGGCAUUGCUAUAAAUUCUUGAAAUGCUAUAUGUUAAUGACGAAUGUUUGUCACGUAUUUUUUCAAAUAGCAUUUAAUAUUAAAGCUGAAUCGGCCCGAUUAAUCGUUGAAGUAGAUCUGUACCUCUGGUGAAGUCGAUUGCUAACCUCACAUUGUCAAACCGGUUUGGAAAAUCAACAAACAAACGGUCUAAAAAUAGUAACUCUUCCUAAAACGUGACACGUUUGGAAGUCACGCGACUUUGAUUAUGGUUGUUCAUUAAUUAAGCUUUCCCAACGGAAGUGUAGUUGAAAUAGUACUGACAUCAAAGCUAUAUUUUCUUAAUCUAUAGAGCUUGAAAUGUCCCCUGUAUAUAAAUAAUGCGUGACUCUCAUAUAUCCUCUGACAUGCAUGGGCUUAAUAUGUAUUUACACAUUUCCUGAGAUGACAAUAGAGUAUUAUAAAUUGAACGGAAAAGUUUAAAUCUUUCUAAAUUUUAUAUUAGUACUAAUUACCUCAACAAAUCCACAUUAAAUCAUACAGAAAACCGAAUUCUGUCCUUUUAUUGAACUGGUUAUUUCGUCAGUGAAGGGUUUAAACUUUAAGGGUUUAAACUGUUCCGUCAUUCACGCACGUGUCAAAACAGAAACAUGCUCACUCACGUGUUGCGAUCACGCGUAUGCUAAUAUUAUGGUUAUCAAGUAUAUGGGGGAGGGGCGGCUUGAUUGAUUAGAACAAUAUUGGUACACGGCAAUUUGAACGGACAUCUUGCAAAACAUCUGACAUAUUAUUAUGACUUUGUUAAACUAUAGUCUAUAGUCUUUCAAAACAUGGUUUGGAAACUCCGCUGAAGUCUUUGUUAUAUCGUUUUGUUCGCGUUUAUGCUGUUUUGUGCACGGUGCACGGUCAAUGAACACAUUGUAUUUCAGUAUAAUGAAAGAAUCAUCCAAUAGCAACGUUACAGUUCAGUCAUUCAACCGUGCUAUUUAAUUGCUAUUUAAUUGCAUUGAGUUGCAAACUCAACCGCUGAUGAGUCGAUGUAGUAAAUAAGGAGGUAUAAUAUGAAACUAUAUAUAAUUCUCUUUAUUUCAUUUCUUAUAGAUGCGAAAGCAACAAGGAUGAGAUACCGAUAUUCGUAUGCACACUGGCAGUGCCUGACAUUGCUUGUCCUCUGCAUAUAAUUGAACCUCGCUACAAGCUCAUGAUACGGCGGUGCAUCGAAAGCGGUUCGCGACAAUUUGGCAUGUGCGCUCCAGAUCCCGAGCAAACUUUUGCGACGGUUGGAACAAUGUUACAUAUAAACGACGUCAAUUUCUUGCCCGAUGGAAGGUCUGUUGUUCAUACGGUUGGCAGCAGGCGCUUUCAAGUUUUGGAGCGAGGGUUACAAGAUGGCUACAACACUGCCAAGGUUGCUUGGCUUCAGGAUGAGUGUGAUGAGAGCGACUACACUAAACUCAAUUGCGAAGUCUACAACAUGAUGACGCAAUGGUUUGAAAAGCUACCGAGUGAGCAGAAGAUAUGCAUUGUGAAAGCGGUUGGGCGGUUGCCUGAUGCACUCCAGGGAACAAAUGAGAAUGGCCCCAGCUGGUUAUGGUGGCUGUUGGUUGCGAUGCCUUUGAACCACGAGGCAAAACACAUCAUCUUGUCUAUGACAUCGAUCACUGAACGUUUAAACAGUGCAAAACGCUUCUUAGCAAUAUUGUUAAGCCGACUGUAA